CUAGAAAAUGAUAAGACUCAAGUUAGAGAGAGAAGUAAAGACUUGUGUGCCUGCACAAUUUGGCGGGCUCUGCUGUCCCCGCCAAACUUGGCGACUAGAAAGCUGCCCCAUCCAUAGGGCUUAAAACCCCCAACAAACUACACUGGAUUUCACCCUUUCUCUCUCUACUCCCUACCCUCCUCUGUGUAUCCAUGGCUCAAGAGCCACCAGAGCUAUUUUGAGUCACCUCCCCUCCCCCCCCCCCAAGUUGCAAAAAUGGAGGACUCUCUCUCCAUUUACAGUCUCCUGUGUGCUGAGGGUUGCACAAGCUUAGAUGAUAGUAAGGGUGGGGUCUCUGAGAUCAACUCAUCCUUUUCUUUAGAUUCAGAGGAUGAGUAUAUAUGGUCACUUGUAGAGAGAGAAAGUAGUUUCCAUGGCUCUGAUGCUUGUUCUAUAGAAGGAGGGGGUUGGGAUGAAUGUGCUCGCAGAGAUGUUAUUCGAUGGAUUGCAAAAGUUAGGAUGUUCUACAACUUUGGGUACCACACGGCCUUUCUCUCUCUAAACUAUCUGGAUCGGGUCCUUGCAAGAUGCCCAGCGAUUAGAGAGAAAGAUUGGGCGAUUCAUCUAUCAGCUGUUGCGUGCUUAUCUCUUGCCGCAAAAAUGGAGGAACUUGUUGUCCCUCGGCUUCUGGAUUUACAGGUUGAAAACCCCAAGUUUAUGUUUGAACCCAAGCUGGUUCAGAGGAUGGAGCUAUUGGUAUUGGAUACAUUGGCUUGGAGACUGAAUGUUGUGACCCCUUUCUCUUUCUUAAAGUUUUUCAUGACGAGAUUGUGCCAUUCUCAAAAUCCUAAGUCUCUGAUGUCGAGAUCCAUCGACCUCAUAUUGACCACAUCAGAAGUUAUGAAUUUUUCGGAUAAUCGGCCAUCAGCUAUAGCUGCUGCCUCUAUCCUUAUUUCUUCCGGCCAAGAAUUAACGAAAGAAUCGACAGAGUUCACCAUGGGAUUUAUUGAACAUGAUUGUGUUCUCUCCUGUUACAAUUUGAUGAGGAAGCUAGAGACUGAUAAAUGCAAGAUACCCAGGAUUGCAAUUUCUCCGAACUUACUUCCAAGUCCCAUAGGAGUUAUCGAAGCUGCUCAAUUAAGCACAAGUUCUCCCAAUUCUAAAAGGCGAAAGCUGCUCGAUUAUGGUGAUGAUUAUGAGUUUUCAGAUGGGAAGAGAUUGAAUUAAACCUGAUCACUGAUACCUGCUACUAUCCCAAUUAUUUUUUCAUUGUGGGAAUUGUUUCUAAUAAUUGUUCCUUUCCAUUUGAUGGAUUUGAUUUUCUUCCUGUCAUGACCUCUCAUUCCUGUCUCUCUAAAGGAGCCUUAGAACUGGUCUUUAUUUAUCGCUUUAUUCUACCUAGAAAGGAGAAGAGAAAUCUACAGUGAAAAGCUGGUUCCAAGACCAAAAGCUAGGGAGAGAUGGAGGAGCAAAUUGCUAGAAUGGUUAUGUGAAUAGUUGUUCAAGUACUUCUUUACUGUUGUAAGUCCUUGUCACUCAUAAUUACUUACCCAAGAUUCAUUUUAUUUUUUUCUUUUCCUCUUUUUUUUUAAUGAUCUAUUUGAGAGAGAUUUUAUUUGGGUUAUCCUAAAUUAUGUAAUUUACUAUUGUAAUCCUUUUGUUGGGUUGCAUGGAUGUUUCCUCGAUCUUUGAAAGUUGAAAGUAAUGAGGGUUUUUGUGCUUUGUUUCUC